AGUAGCAGAAACCAGUGGGGUGGGCUGUGGACAAACAACAACAAAUACUUUUUCCUUGUGAUAAAUCCAAUGUUCUAGUUUCCUGCAGCUUUUCAAAAUGUUCUCAGAACGUUUGUUGUUUUAACUCGGCAUGUGUUCAAAUUUGUAGUGUUAAGACUUUUUAGAUUUUUUACGUUGUUGUCAUUGGGGAUGUAACAGCUGUUUGCUCCUGAUGGGAGGCCAGCUGUAAAUAAUUGAGUGGAAGCUGAUAACCUGAUACUCCCUGUGAUGUUCAGCUGCACAGGAUAAAGUCUCAGUGUAGCCAACCAUUUUUAGGAUUUGCUGUGUGAGCAUGUCAAGUGAAGAUCUCCAAGCUCCACUUUCUGCUCCAUCAGCUUGUGUUGUGAGUAUAAAUUUUAACAUUUUAGAUCUGUUGAAGUUUGUAUGAUUUUUUUAAAUUAUUAUUAAACGUGUUUAUCAGAAAACUUAAACUUGAGUUAGUUGCUGUUUUUGGUAAUUCUGUCUGUCUGAGAUCAAGUCUCCUACCUGUUAAACUCAGAACUCCAUUUGCCUUCAGGAAGUAUUCAUACCCUUUCACUUUUCUUGCUCAUAUUUAAUGAGCAGUGGCUAGAAAUGUUGCAGUUUAUUUUUGUUGUAAAUAUUUCAGUUAUAAAGUGUCUUUUUAGCUUUGUAGAAUUUCCUCUGACAGCAAUUACAACAUUUUAUCUUUGAGCCUCAGCACCAGUUAGAUCCUGGCAGUCUCUGAUUCGGUCUAUAUGUUUACUAUUAUUGCAGGUAAAAUAAGCACUAAAUUGCAAAAGAUGUUUGUGUCUUUGUCCCUAUUCCUCUUCCAUUUUGAACACAUCACUAUUUCUUUCAGGAAAUAUUAUAGUUGUACCAUUUACCUGGAAUUCUCACCAGAUGUUGGUAACAACCCAGUAAGUCCACACAUUCAAUUAAAUAAAACUAACUAUAAAUGUUGUGUAGUAAAACAAAAUGACACAUGGAACACAAAGACAGGAAGCCAUUCAGUCUACAUUGGCCACGCUUCAGAAUAAUAAAUUAACAGCCGCUUUGUUCUGCUCGGCACUUCUCUCUGCACAGUGAAGGAUGGUUGUUUAAUCUCCAGGCAACUUCUGACAAACUUUACAGUAUGUAAUUGGUGCAUUACAUAUGUCACUGUUGAAUGUUAGCAACUGAGUGAAAUUUGAAACUUCAACGGAGUCCAGACCUCCAGGAAGCAAUUGUUUCUCAGUAGCUGAGAACCUGGGCCCUCUGGACGAAGCAAAGUGUAGUACAAGGGGCUUGGUUUCAGUCAAGAUAGCAAAAAUGUUCUACAGUAUAUUUAAAAUUUAGAACUGAAAAUCUCCUUUUGCUUUCUUGUAACGAUGGGUGCUUUCAGCGAAGUACAGUUUAUGCUUAUAAAACCCAUUGGGCUUGAAUCACCAUGUAAUUACAAUGAAUCUUUUCUAAGCUGUUUAUGGUUCUAACUCUUACAAAGCAAACACUGAAAUUUUUGAGCCCAUGUGAAUGAGUGCAGGGGAGGGCUUUGGUCGAUCCUUCUCUAUACCCACUUAUUCCUUCCAAGGGUUUAUGGGGGUGAAGCCAUUCUUCAGUGGUCUAUGAAUUCAUUUAGCUCCCAUCAUAGGACCAACACAUUGGACAAACAAGACAACCAAAGAUUCACAUGCCCUCACACUUCAGGGCAAUUUAUACAGUCAGCCUAUCCCCAUCCUGUGUUUCUGGGCUGGGGGAGGAUUCAGACAAAACCUACACACACCAACAGGGAGAACAAGCAAACUCAACAAAGAAAGGUCCAAUCUGGACUGAUGCAUAAACAUUUCACUCUGAAAAUGGAGACAAAGCGACUGAAGAGAGACGUUCAAUUACUCAUAAGUAAUUAUGUUGGUCAGAAGAUCCUGGAGAACUCAUUUGAUCCGAGUGGGAGGGGACGCACAAUGGUGCUUGAUGACUUGGUUCAGUAUGAUCUUGAUGCCUUGUGGUUGAGCAGAGACAGUCGACAUGUGCUUGAUGCAGACAUAAUUGGAGCCAUUUGCAGCUUAGGAAGUCCUCAGCAUCCGAAUCGCUUACAGCGAGAAGCAAUGAUCCUCUCAUGUUUCGCUGGAAUUAUUAUGAGCAGACUGCCAGUGGAGAAAAUCCUGGCUCUGUACAGAUGUAAGCCAGUUGUUUCUUUACCCAGCCAUCAGUCAAAGGGGUCAAUUGUAUGCCCCCUCACUCUGUCCUACCAUCCAUUUGCCAUGCUCAGAUCUUACAAGGCUGUACAACACGCCAAGAGACACAAUCAGAAGCUGAGAAGAUGGCUGUCUGAGCAGGCAAAAGCGAGAGCCCCAAAGAGACCCGUUCCUCCACCAUCCUCAUCUCCGUCUUUGCCCGAGUCCUUUCUCAGCGAAAGCAGUGGUUGUCAUCAGGAAGCAGCUGAGCACUAUGAGGGUUCACAAGAGUCUUUGCAGGACUGAAGCUGCCAUCCAGCUGUGUGACUUUGGUUGAAUGUUCCUCACAAUGGUUUUCUGUAAUUCUGGCCCAUUCCUCCCAACAGCACUGAACUGAUGUAACUGAGUCAGACAUGUAGAACCACUUCACUUACACACACAUGUUCAGCUUUGCUCACAUUUUUUUCUAUGGGACUAUGUUUAAGGUUUUAUGGUCACUAAGAAACAUUUACUUUCUUGUCCUUAAGCCAGAAUGUAACUAAUGCAGAUAAAUAUUUGGCGUCAUCAGUUUCCAUCCAAGUUUUAACAUCUUGGCUAAUGUCUUUAGAUCUUGUUUUCUCCAUACCGUUGUUUUCUCAUGACCCCGUCUACUAUAUGAAGAGCACCAGUCCCUCCACAACAUCAUGCUACCACUUCAUACUUUAAAUUUCAGUUGUUCUUGCAAAUUUCCCCCAAUUAUUUCAUCAUAUGUAAAAAGUGUUUAUGGUCAAACACUCUAAUUUUAGAUUUGUUCAAUGAGAGGACAAACCCUAAAAGAAUUAGGAUCUUUGACGUGCAUUUAGCUUUGAUAUUUUAGUCUAUAAGAAGCAUACGAAGCCAUGACGUCAACAUUUUGUCUUUCCCCAAAGCUGUUUAGUCAGAUUCAGUGUUAAUCAACAAGAAAAAUGUCUGUACUUGUAAAAUAUAUUGGAGCCAAACUUACAUCUACCGUGUGGUCCAAUGGAAGGUUAACAUAACAUGUUUAAACUUAUUCUAUGUAGAGCAAUGAACAAACAGAGUUGUAUAAAUCUGAUAUCAUGUCACCAAAGUCACAUUUUCUGUUGGACUCCACCAGCUGCACAGUUACUGUUGACCUCUGGCAUGUUCCCCAACAAAGAUUAAACUCCUCUGUGUUGAAUGGGUGGAUAAAAUGUGUUCCUGAUGUUGAUAUCAAUAAAGAGGGCAGAGAUGGUCAGUAAUUCGCCUGCUAGGACUUUUGUCCUGAUGAUUCAGGGAUUUUGGUUCUAUGGCCAGGAUCAAGAUUUUUGGCAGUGGUACCAGCUUGUUAAAUCCCAGCUCACUGAAAAAAACAGCUAAAGCGGGAUCUGAGGUUUAUAUAUCAGGGCUCUGCUCCUGCUUUGUGAGACCACCAUAUUCAGCUGGUGACCAGCUCCAGCACUCUUUUCAGGAUGAGCAGUAAGAUUAUAUUCUACGAGGACCGGAACUUUCAGGGCCGCUCAUAUGAGUGUGAUUCUGACUGCCCUGACAUGAACCCACACUUUACCCGCUGCAACUCCAUCAAGGUGGAGAGUGGCUGCUGGGUGCUCUACGAGAAGCCCAACUACACCGGCUACCAGUACGUCCUGACCAGAGGAGAGUACCCUGACAAGCAGCGCUGGAUGGGCUACAACGACACCAUCCGCUCCUGCCGUACCUUCUCCUAUACCGGCGAGGGGCCCUACUGCAUCCGUAUCUACGAGCGGCCCAACUUCCAAGGUCAGAUGAUGGAGUUCAGCGAGGACUGCGAGUCGGUGCAGGAGCACUUCCGCAGCCGAGACAUCUACUCCUGCAAAGUCUUGGACGGCUACUGGACCCUCUACGAACACCCAAGCUUCCGUGGCCGGCAGUACUUCAUGAGUCCUGGCGAGUAUCGCAAGUUCAAUGACUGGGGGGCCACCUGCGCCACCACCGGCUCUUUCCGCAGGAUCACAGAGUUUUAAUCCUUUCAGUUACUGAUAUGAACAACAGAAUGCGCCAAGAGCUGACCUGACGAAGCUGCUGGAUGCUGUUAGAAAAAAAUUAAUAAAAUGAGCUGCUGUAAAUGAUUUUCUUGUCGAUGGUGAAUAAAUGUCUCAAUAUUA